CAGAAAUGCCUCUAGAAGCAGCUGUAGUAGUUUUGGAUAACUCAGAAUUCUCUAGAAAUGGAGACUUAGAGCCAUCUAGAUGGAAUGCUUAACAAGAAGCCAUUGAAUUAUAUAUUAAUGUAGUUAUUGAUUCAAACAUGGAAAGUGGAAUGGGAUUGAUUUUAGGAGGAGGCAAACAAGUAAGACUGUUAAUGACUCCAACAAACGAUAGAGAUUAAAUUUAAGGAUAAUUCCAUAAAACAAGAUUAGAAGGUAAAGCAAGUCAAAUUAAUAAAUAGGUAAUUUAUAGUUUUCUGUUGCACUUCAAUAGGCAUCAUUGGCUUUGAAACAUAGAAUCAAUAAGUAAUAGCAUCAACGUAUUGUGGUAUUUGUUGCUAGCCCGAUUGAAGAAGAAGUAGACACUCUAGUAAAGUAUAAUCUAAUUAAAAUAAUGUUAGCCUAGCAAAGAGGUUAAAGAAAAAUAAUAUAGCAAUUGAUUUAAUCAAUUUUGGAGAGUAGAAUGAAGAUCAUCUUAAGAAAUUGGAAAUUUUCUUUGAAAAUGUUAAAAAAGGAUCAACUUCAAAAUUCAUUAACAUUUAUCCAGGAAUGAGUGCUACAGAAAAACUCUUUUCAUCUUUAGGAAAUUCAUCAGAUUUUUAAGCUGAGCCAGGAUAAUAAUAACAAGAGUAAGUCCCAUAAUAAGGAACAGGAGUACAAUUCUCUGAAUAUGGAGGAAUUGAUCCUAAUAUUGAUCCAGAGAUGGCAAUGAUAAUGAAAAUGAGUCUUGAAGAAGAAGCAUAAAGAUAAUAAUAAUAAUUAGCCUAAUAAUUAUAAUAGCCUUAAUAAUAACAAUAACAAUAAUUAUAGCCUUAAUAAUAACAAUUAAUAUAAGAAGAAAAAGUAGAAAAUACUAUAGAAGAAGACAAUGAUGAACUGUUCGAGUAAGCUAGAUUAUUGAGUAUGCAUAUAGAAUAACCACAAUAAUAAAAUUAACCUGCAUAAGAGCAAUAAAAAUAAGACACAUAGAAGUAAUUUGUUUCUUUCACAUAGGCAAUUAUUCUAAGACUAAAACUUCCUUGAGGAAUUGUUAGAUGAUGUAAAUAAGGACGAAGAAUAAGAAAGUCUCCUCAAAAAAGAUGAUGACAAAUCCAAAAAAGAUUGA